GAAGCCAUGGCGGAGGCGGCGGCUGCAGCGGGCGGGACGGGCGUGGGCACAGGCUGCUGUUCUGCAGCGGACCGGGACCGAGACCCGGACCCGGAUCGAGACCGUGCCGGGCGGAGGCUCCGGGUUCUCUCCGGUCAUCUGCUGGGCCGGCCCCAGGAGGCUGUGAGUACCAAUGAGUGCAAAGCGCGGAGAGCCGCGUCGGCGGCCACGGCGGCUCCCACUGCCACUCCCGCCGCGCAGGAGUCGGGCACCAUCCCCAAGAAACGGCAAGAAGUUAUGAAAUGGAAUGGAUGGGGAUAUAAUGAUUCCAAGUUCUUCUUCAAUAAGAAAGGCCAAGUUGAGUUGACUGGGAAAAGGUACCCUCUUAGUGGCAUGAUUUUACCAACUUUUAGAGACUGGAUCCAAAAUACCCUUGGAGUAAGCCUGGAGCAUAGAACUACCUCUAAAGCAUCCUUAAAUCCUAGUGAUACACCUCCUUCUAUUGUAAAUGAAGAUUUUCUUCAUGACCUUAAAGAAACUAAUAUUUCAUAUUCACAAGAAGCAGAUGAUCGAGUAUUUAGAGCUCAUGGUCAUUGUCUUCAUGAGAUAUUUUUGCUCAGGGAAGGAAUGUUUCAGCGAAUUCCUGAUAUAGUUUUAUGGCCAACAUGUCAUGAUGAUGUAGUUAAGAUUGUGAAUCUAGCGUGCAAAUAUAACCUUUGUAUCAUACCAAUUGGUGGAGGAACAAGUGUAUCAUACGGCUUAAUGUGUCCUGCAGAUGAGACAAGAACAAUUAUUUCUUUGGACACUUCACAAAUGAAUCGAAUCCUCUGGGUUGAUGAGAACAAUCUGACAGCUCAUGUAGAGGCUGGUAUAACAGGACAGGAUUUGGAAAGACAGCUUAAAGAAAGUGGUUAUUGUACAGGUCAUGAACCGGAUUCCCUGGAAUUCAGCACUGUGGGAGGAUGGGUAUCUACUCGGGCAUCGGGCAUGAAAAAGAAUAUCUAUGGCAAUAUUGAGGACCUGGUGGUUCAUAUAAAAAUGGUAACACCUAGAGGUAUAAUAGAAAAAAGCUGUCAAGGACCUCGUAUGUCAACAGGCCCUGAUAUCCAUCACUUCAUCAUGGGAUCUGAAGGAACUCUUGGUGUGAUAACAGAAGCUACAAUAAAAAUCAGACCAAUCCCUGAAUACCAAAAGUAUGGCUCAGUAGCUUUCCCUAAUUUUGAACAAGGAGUAGCCUGUUUAAGAGAAAUUGCAAAACAGAGAUGUGCUCCUGCAUCUAUUCGCCUCAUGGACAACCAACAGUUUCAGUUUGGUCAUGCUCUUAAACCUCAGGUUUCCUCUAUUUUUACAUCAUUUUUGGAUGGCUUAAAAAAGUUUUAUAUUACAAAGUUUAAAGGAUUUGAUCCAAAUCAGUUAACUGUUGCUACAUUACUAUUUGAGGGGGACCGUGAGAAGGUUCUUCAACAUGAAAAACAAGUGUAUGACAUUGCUGCAAAAUUUGGUGGGUUGGCAAUUGGAGAAGAUAAUGGACAGAGAGGUUAUUUGCUGACCUAUGUCAUUGCGUAUAUUCGAGACUUGGGUUUGGAAUACUAUAUAUUAGGAGAGUCUUUUGAGACUUCUGCUCCUUGGGACAGGGUUGUGGAUCUCUGUAGAAAUGUAAAAGAGCGAAUAACAAGGGAAUGCAAAGAGAAGGGUGUUCAGUUUGCUCCUCUUUCUACAUGCAGGGUGACGCAGACUUAUGAUGCAGGUGCAUGUAUCUAUUUCUACUUUGCCUUUAACUACAGGGGAAUAAGUGACCCACUGACUGUGUUUGAACAAACCGAGGCAGCUGCUAGAGAAGAAAUCCUUGCUAAUGGAGGGAGCCUCUCACAUCACCACGGAGUGGGCAAGUUACGGAAGCAGUGGCUAAAGGAAAGUAUCUCUGAUGUCGGCUUUGGGAUGCUGAAGUCUGUCAAGGAAUAUGUGGACCCCAAUAACAUCUUUGGAAACAAAAACCUUUUAUAA